UUUUCACUUGGCAAGCUUGUACGUGAGGUGGCACACGGGUCCAUGAGCCCUGCGCUCUGUACCCCUCUGCUACCUUUUGCUUAUGCGCUAUUAUUGGGACCAAAUUAUCCUUUAUUUUAAUUGAAUUAUAUUGUAUCCAAUUUUUUUUUUAUUUUAACUAUACAAUUAAAAUUGUUACUACUUUUAAUAUUGUUUAGAUUUUUUUUUUUAUAGGAUAAUUCAGCAAGCAUAACAAUUUUGGUGCCAAAACCUGGGACUCUUUUAACUCCGGGGAGGUGGAUAGCUUCUGGGAAGGAGCUCCCCACCAGACUUUUAAGUGGUCCCAAGGCUAGACCACUCUCCCUUGGGAAAAGAGAGUCCUUUUUACAAUAACGCAUAAGCAAAUUAGUUUUUAAGAGCGCACAAGAGAGGCUCCCAUCAGAGUGCCGGCUUAUAGGAGAGAGAGUACCCAUAGAAAACUGCUUUGUGCACAAAGACCCUCGUGAGAAAAGGAGGCUAAAAACGGUAUAUUUUUGGGGUGCAGUCCGCCUGUCCUUUGAGAUCUCCCCGAGACGUGCACCAGUGAGCUUCGACGGCUGGACCCCGGAAGGACGACGACACGUUUUGAGCCUAAGCAACAUAACUGCCCACCCGCCUGUACCCCAAAACACAAACAGUGAAUCUUCACCAAGAGAGCUUUCGGGAAACUAAUAUCUCCACCGCUUACAGGAGAACCCCGAGGGACAUAAGAAUCAUCUGAAAACAUGAUAACCUUGCUAAUACUUUUCUGCAUUUUACCACAAUUUCAUGGACAACCCCCUGGUGAGCAGCUGUGGCCUGAAGCCAUUGUUCAGCACACCGAUGUUCUUGGAACCUAUCCCAAUGGCCAUUACCCGAGCCUGGCAACCCUAGUGCUGCAUGACUCCAAGGUGUACCGCCCAAAUGAGUGGAGAUGGGACCAGAAUGAGUUGAUGAGGACCCUGAUGGGAACGGUUGGUGAGUCAAUUGUGGUAACAUGCAGAAAGGUGGAAGGAACCCUCCAUGAAAAAGCCACCUCCAUCAUAAUUGCUGGAAAUUUUAUGGAAGCAGAUGGAAGGAAUCAUCUGGACAUCCCCUCAGCAAAAUUGUGUCCCACAAAGAAAUGGGGGUGUUCCAAAAUAGAAAGUCCCGUUACUUUGUGUUGCCGCCAGGAACAUGUUGGUAGUUAUGCUUCCAGUACCAAAACCACCAAUGUUGCAAUUACAAGAGAUUGCAAUGAUGAAUCACUAGAUUGCUGGUACAAUUUUACUUUAGUCAAACCCACUUAUGUGACAUGUCGCUGGGAGAAUGACACAGCUAGUCCAUUAGGACUAAGAGGCUUGGUUUACACAUUUAAGAUAAACACCGUACCAAAACCCACACCAAGUGCUGUAAUUACACUCUCUCAGACCCAAAGUGUGAAUCCUUUUUCUAAUGUCACACCCCAGUUGGCAGAGGCAACAGGAAGCCAUUUCACCUGGCCCUGGUCUCAAGCCUUCCUACAAUCCACCGGGUCUAUGGGAAAUGUCACAGGUCUGAACUUACUAACAGUAGUCACACAUGAAGAUAUGUUGUACACUAGACAGGAAUGGGAGAAACACAAAACCUGGCAGCUUCAAGGAGUAGUGGGUGAACUAAUUAGUGUUGGGUGCCGAAUGGUUAAUGGGUCUGACUACAGCAAAGCAAUGUCAAUCAGUGCUUCUACAGAUCGGGAAAACAAACAGAAGCAAAUCUGUACGCACCCAAGCAUACAAGAUUGCUGGUAUAGCUUUACAUUAACUGACACUACAGAGGUAACUUGUCUCUGGGCCAAGGAUACUCAAGGCCUUUCUUUUGAAUUUGUAAUAAAUGCUGAAACCUACUUUACCACUGUCACCACUUCACCUGUACCACCGGUCAUACUCACCCCGAGAAUUUUCGAGAUUGGACCUUAUGUGAUCAGGAAAACUGGCCAACAACAAAUAUUGUUCAAUCCAGCAUGGUCUCUCAAACAGGUCAAAUUGCUAAUGCAGAACAACGUUUCAGAUAUUCAGCCAGCCUGUUCUCCGUUCCUGCAAACUUCUUUUGAAGGCUGGACCACUUGGCUUUGGAAACGAAGCUCCUUUAAAACUAAAACACCAACAGAUGUGACCGGUGUUGUGGGUACAGGAUUGGGAAUUCUGAAUAGCAUUGAUUCUGAAGUACUAAUGAACAAAUUGGCUGCUACAACUAGAGAUUUGACUAAAUUACAGCAACCACUGAGGUCAUCUCUGUUAGCCUUGGGGAUGCACCAGUGGUUGCUGUCAAACAUUUUGCCAAAUUGGGAAAGAGUGAACGUGAAUGAUCAUAAAUUGGUAAUUGAUGCACUAAGUGCCACACAAGACAAUGUUUCCCUAGCCCUCAGCUGUAUCCAGGCACAAUUGUGGAUGCAGUCAGUCUUUGCUUCAAUUAUAAGAGAGGGAGAGGAAGGCACCUUCCCCACAGAAAUUCGGAAAAUAAUCUGGGACAGUGCCACUGAAUUUGAAAGAGAAUUCCAAUCCUGGUGGAACCUGGUGAACUUUACCUAUGAUCCCAUUUCAAACACAGCCACUGCUUUUGUUUUAACCAUACGCAAUGCCUGUGUACAUUUGGUCUUCCCUGUUAUUGCAUUAGGAUUAAACCAUGACGGAGCUGUUCUCUAUCCUACUGAACAUAGGGGAUGGGCCCGUCAGGUCAAUGACAAAUGGCAAACUGUUAAUCUGGAAUCUUGUAUUGUCCGAGAACAGCAAGGGUUCAUCUGUGAAAGCAAUGCAAUUGCAGCUCAGGAUACCUGUUUAGACACAGAGGAGAAUAUCUGUCAUUUUGAGAUUCGUCCAUAUGAGGAUACCCAGACAGUUCUUAUAUACAUAGGCAAUGGCUGUGCAUGCUUUAGAACUACAUGUGAUUCUGUUUUUGUAGAAGAUGUUGUGGUAGAUACAAAGAAUCACUCAAACUUUUGUGCUUGUAACUUUACUGAGAUUGUAGGAUGUGAUUUCUUUUACAAAGCUCCAGUUACCUCUCACUACCUAUUGCAAUCCAACUACACACUGAUCCAGAAGCUGAUGCCCACUCCUAUCGGAAUGAACCUCACCCUCGUGAGACAACUGCUGCUCCAUCAGGACCUGGCUGACAUCCUCGAGAAAAUCAAGGAGAGCGGACAGAAGACUCUGGUGACUGUUCAUCACGAUGUGAGACAAAUACGCCGGGUUAUGGAGAGGGUAAAGCAGGAUGCUGAGCAUAGGUGGUGGGAUACGCUCUUUGGGUGGUCACCUACUGCCACAGGUGUCCUGAACAGUGUGUGCCAUCCAAUUGUUGUUCUUUUGAUCCUAGUUAUGCUUGGCUUUAUCUUGUCAGCAGCCCUAUUCGUUAUGAAUUGGAACAUGAUGAAAAAGCUUAGCAGAUUGCCAACUGUAAUCAAUGCACACCGCUUAGCUGAUGUACUCUAUACACCAGAUGUCCUCGAAACACUUGACACAAAAUAAUUACGAAUCAAGCAUAUGUGUUUUAGAACAAUUUCUUAAUUGUCAUGCAUGAUUUAGAGAAAGUUACUUUGAUUUUUAGAAAACAACUUUUAAAAGACAGUGCUUAUACUGUGAUGUGCUUGUUGUUUUGAUUAUUGGUGAUUUGUUUUAAUCAUUUUUGAAAUUGUUAAACAAAUGAUAUUAUUGUAAUUAAUUAACCAUUUUUGAAAUUGUAAUACAAGAAUAACCAUGUGUGAAAAUUGUUAUGAUGAUCAAUAUUAAUUAUGUCUAUGUUUAUUGGUUCCCUUUCCCCUCUCUCUUUUUCCUUUUCUUUCUCUUUCCUUUUAUCCCCUCUUUCCUGUCAUCUCUACUUUUCCGGGGUUAUGCUACCGACGUGCAAAGAGUUUCGAAGAUUUAUCAAGGACACUCCAGAGUUCUGCUGAUGAAGAUUCCCUCAAGACAAUCGUGAGUCACAGGGUUGUGUGAGAGUCUAUCCGAAAAUCCUUCAUUUUUACUUCACAAUUGCCAUGAAAAACUGUUGAGCCAGUUGGGAAAGAAAGUCUCAUGAAACCUAACUUCGGCCACCCUUCCCCCAGUGAAAAACGGUAUAUUUUUGGGGUGCGAUCCAACCGUCCUUUGAGAUCUUCCUGAGACGUGCACCAGUGAGCUUCGGUGGCGGGACCCCGAAGGACAACGACACGUUUUGGUAGCUACACCUUACCUCACCCUUCUUUCCUCCCUUUUUCCCUUGUCUUACCCUUCUCUUCCCCAGAUUCCCUAACCAAAUGCAUGUUCAGCUGUGGUUAUAAUCAAUAAAAUUGCAUUUUGUUGAUUCGUUACUGCAAAGCCCCUGUGCCUUGUUGGUUAUUUUUUGCACCAAAAAAUCAUCCAUCACCCAUUUAUUUCGGGCAGACCUUGACAACAUGUAAUUCCAAGAAUGUGAUAAUAUGGUGGGAUUUAAGUUGAUUUAUAUUAACCCUGAUUUAUUAAGAAGGAACUAAGCAUCCUGGAGUGGCUGCGGACCGCAAUUCCCUUGAGCUCGGAGGCAGAAGAACGCCAGUGGAAAAAGAACAAAAGACUUUCUGAAUCGGUGGGAACAGCCUAAAAAGAUUGAAGAUCUCCUCCAAGAUCACCCACCAGCAACCUUAUUAGAAUUGAUUACAGAACUGCAAUUCCAGAAACUGAGAUUGAUAACACCUGUUAUUAAAAGAGCUCAGAGACAAGUAAAAUGUUGGGAGUGCGGUAAACAUGGUUUAGGGUGUCAUCCAUGGAUAUGUAUUGUUUGCACACUCUGCUUUAACUCAUGGUGGAAAGUAACUAAGAGAGAAGAGAAGGAGAGACAAUUGAUUUGCUUGCUUUGUUAUGGUUAUGUAUUUAGCCAGCUAAUUAUAGAACGCAUUGUUAGUGAUUUUUUUAGAAUAUCUUUGAGAUUAGGAGACGGGACUCUUCCAGCAGCAAUUGGAUUAAUAGAAAACUUAGGUCAAUUGGUUCUUGCUAUAUUUGCUAUAGCACAAAUAAGAAAAUGAGCAACUCAUAUCAUUAUAGACCAGUGUCUCAUAAUUGAUAGUUGUUGUGGAGAAGAAGUCUAUAUACCACAUCAUAGGUGCAUUCCAAGGGCACACAAGUGUGCCUAUUGGAGACAGCGAUUUAAUAAACUCCCUGCUCUGGAAGCAGAAAGAUAAUUAGUAAAAUCUUAUUAUGGUUGGCACAUCCCUGAAAUUUUGGAAAAUAUAAGUUUAUGGUAUUCCGGCCUAAUCUUUUCCCUGUUCUUUUUGUUUUAAUUAUUGCUUCUUAACCAGCUACAACUGGGAAAUGGCAUUUAAAAGGAGACAAGCAAACUCUGUGGGGCUAUGGGUACCAAGGAAACUAAAAGCACCAGUGACUAGAUCCUGGAAUAUUACCUUUGCUACCGAGAAGACUGGUAUCUCAGCCCUUGGUUGCAACCCAAGGGGCCUUGAGAAAGGUAGAAAGGUAGAUUUCCUGAGGAUUAUUUUCACUGUGAUCAUUCUGGUACCCCUGGCAGUUGGCCAAAGCCAGAGAGCCACACUGGACAGAGUUUCAGCAAUGAAAAGGCAAACAGGGCAAAAACCAAGUCCCAGCAAUUUCAACAUUUGUGAUUAUUGCAAUCACCCUGUGUGGAUUAAGGACAAGAUGGAAUCUGUGUUUGUGACACACCUGUAUGUUAGUUCUGUCUGCUACAAUCACAGCAGUGUUAUAGAUGUUUGUAUUAAGGAAUGAAAGAAGUAUUGGGUAGGGGAAAAUUUGGAAUAUAAUGGACAAGCUCCUUAUCCCCAUGGUGAUCAAAUUUGCCCUCAAUAUGAAAAGAUUUUUUUGUUUUGAAAAAGAUGAUAAUAGAGAUGAUCCAAGUAUAGGCAUGGGAAACCAGGCACUAAGAGAAAAACUGAAAGAGAAAAUAAAAGAAGAAAAAGAAACAAAGGAGAAUAGAGGAAAGAACAGGAGAAAAGAGUCAACAGAAUUAGCUGAAUUGUAUAAACAGCUAAAACAGUAUUACAAAGAUUGGGAUUUGCCAGCCUCGAAUAAGAAUCUGUUUGUGGGAUUGAUGCAAAGGAUUGCUACAGAAUUGGAAUUAUCCAAAUGUGGGAUUUGUGGAGGUCUAAAAAUGGCUAAAAGAUGGCUGUGGAAAGGUGAGAGCUUUGCUCCAGAGCAAUUUUUAAAGUGGAACCACACCCAAAUUUCUGGAACAUUGAAGAGACCUGAAGGAUGUAUUUCAAGCCAUCAAGUAAUUGGAAUCAUUUGUAUAACUCGAGAAAGAAGGAAAUUUAAUAAAACAGUAGGGCAUACUCCUUGUAAAUCCAAAUUGGUGGUUAAUAUGGAUAAUCAUUCAAAAAUUUGGUGACCUGAAACCCCCGUUGGACAUUGGGGAUCAAUAAAAGAAAUAAACUGUGAAUGGGAUGAACAGAUUAAUUUAUGCUGGUACAGAAGUCCUGGAGGUAACCCCUACCAAUUCAUCGACAGCCUGAGGUCUUAUUGGGUACAACUGGAGAAAACUGAUAAGAAAUGGAAAGCCUCAGAUGGGAUAUAUUGGAUUUGUGGGCAACGAGUGUACAGUGAGUUACCUCAAAAAUGGGGAGGAACCUGUACUUUGGGAAUAACACAACCCUCCUUCUUUGUUCUACUGAGGUCUAGGAGCAAUGUGCUAGGAACUCCACUUUAGCUUCACUUUACCUCAAAACAAAGUUACUGUAAGAAUUACUGACUGAUUUUCCUACACGACAUAAAACAGAGAUACUUCCCAACAAAAUCCUUGGGUUUCACUUCCAUGCCUUGUAAAACAUGACGUAGCCAGGACUCAACUCAACAUCUUCCACAAGACAGUCCCAGCUUAACUUCACUGACUUAAUUUUGUUUCCAGGCCACUGACAGAGCAGGAUCAGCCCACCCCACAGCAGCUGCCCAGCAGUGCCUGAUCACAUCCUACCUAAACACUGAAUCCUCCUGCAAUCUGCCACUCAUGUUUCUUUUGACUCCCAGGUAAAUUAAUUCUGAGAACAAAGCCUCAAAAAUAUAACAUAGGGGGAAAAAAAUUAAAAUAAUCUUAUGCUAGUUGCUCCUGAACUGAUUUACUGGAAUAUCCAAGGAAAAUUUGUGAAUAUACAACACUCAGGGCUGGAGCUGCCCCUUCAGGAACACUUGCUUCUCCUACCAGGAGAGCAAUACAAUCAGCUGCCUAAUAGCCAAGGCAGUAUUACCUUAAAAUGUCAUCCCCGAGUGCACAAGUGUAAUACCAGUAUCAAAUCCUACAUAUUAGAGCUCACUGAAUUGGAUUUCAGUAUCGUAAUCUUCAGACUUCAAAUCUGAAGAGGUUUUCCCCCAGCAAAUGCUCAGACAGUUUUCCUUGGUGUGUUUGAUUGGAAAAAAAAAAGCAUUAGAGAAAUCUGAAAUAGAACAACUUCCAAGAAAGUCAAAGCUGCGUUUUGCACAGAGUUGAAGAGCCAAAUUAAUUUCUUGCUACAAGGCAGAAAGGACAACUCCAGUUGAAGAAAAAUACUGUUUAGGAAUUGGUGUUCUUAGAGGCAAAUAAAUCAAAGCUGGCACCCAGAAAGCACGACAGCACACAAACAUGCAGCCAAAGGUAAAACUGACACAGGAAGACAGCUUUCCCCCUCACUCUUUUAAACUGACUUGUGUCCUUGUUCCUGUUAAAAUGUAGAGAGAAAAAAAGUAAUUGGGCCUUGGAUUUGGCGUGGCUGAUCCCAGUGCUACCAGUGGGAUUACUGUAGCAAGCAUGACUGUACUUAUUCAGUGGAUAUGGGAAACUGCUUCCCUAAUUUGCAAGUAUAUUCUUCCAGUUAGAUACAUGUUAUUUCACCCUCGUUUUCUGGGUCAUUGUGCAAGUUUGCUUAACAAUGACAGCUGUGCAGGAGAAGGUACUGUAUUCCCAUCCCAUCACCCUAAAUAAGAAAAAAGCCAACUUGUUUUAUCAGAAAUUGCAUAAAAAUUCAGGACUACAAUGUUUAACUUGGCUUUUCAGCAGAGCAGUAUUUUAUAUGCCUGCCUAUCCUCACUCCAAGUACAGCUGGUAAGUUUGCAGUGUCCAGGAGAGUAAUGCAAAGGAUAUUUCAAAUAGAGACAGAUGCCAACACCUGUCU